UUGAUCUCAAUCAUCCCAGGCCUCAGGGUAGAAAGGCCAACAUGUGUUUGAAUUGCCUGAGCGGCCAGCUUCAUUGUUCACUUCUCUCAUGUCGGACGACAGUCACUCUCAGUCUGAUGAUAAAGAAUCACCGCCACUAAAACGAGCCCGCCAUGAUGACCAGUCUUUCGAAGCCACAAAAGUCAAUCAAUCAUCUGUUCCUUCCACCAUGAACACUAGCUUGCCUCCAUUGUCACUAUCAAUUCUCGGUGUCGAGCCUCUCGAUGAAUUCAUUCGAGAGAUCGCUGAUUUCGUUCACCAUAUGAUCGUGACGAGACCUGUUUAUCCAGAUGCAAAGAUUGAGGUAGAAGCAAAGCUUGGUGUCCUGAGGGACCGCACAAGUGGGCAGCGGAUGGUAUUGCCAGUUCUUGUGGAGACAAUCUUGAUCCCGAACUUGAACGAGGUUGACGUUCGAUUCGAAUCCAAUAUGUCUCUUAACCAGCACAGGCACUUCAACAACAUGCUCAACGAUCUGAAACGAAUAUCAUCUCAACCGUCUCACCCGACGUCUCCCCUGGAGUAUACCCAUGUCAAAGUGGUCGACUCCUUCUAUCUAUCCGAGGAUAGAGAAAAAAUACGCGUUACUCGCGAAGAGAAGAGUAACACCGUUCUUGAAAUAACACGCAAAAUAAGGCUUGGGAACCUCAACAUAUUUAGUCCCAAGAGGGCGGCGGAUUGGAGGGUCAGCGUGUCGCUUGAAGUUCCAGUUCCCCAUCCCGUUGGAUCUCCAACCCACAUACGACGGAAAGAUAGGAUAUGCUACUCUCAUGAGGAGUUCAACAUCGACCUGACCCAAGUUCAUUCCAGUAACAAUACGACAUCUAAUCCACCGGUACCGCCUCAAAUUUUUCAUGAGUUGGAGGUGGAGAUCGCUCGCUCAGCAUUGCUGCUUUCGACUGCUUCCAAGCGUGGGGAUCCAAAUGCGUCAGAAAUUGACCGCAACGCGUUUGAUGAGCUUAUUCGAUCGUUUGUCAAUAACGCCAGAAUAUUGGUGAAGAACGCGAAUGAUGGCUGGCACACGUAACUACAUUUGAGUUACUCUUCAGAAGCUAUAAAUAAUGGGUUGCCAAUGCCGCUCACGCUUCGACUCCCCGACUCCCAUUUUCACACCAAAAUGAACACAAUGUCAAGACAAGCCGUACCUAUACCACAUACAUUAUUUGCAAACGUCCAACUUCCAUUUGAUCAGUAUCACAUGGUGCGCAGUCGAGAACAGAUAUUCCGCUCUACCGUCAUCGUCUGUUAUGAGUUUCUUUGAGUACUCAGCGGGGUGAAU